AUUCUCGAUACCGAUGGAAUCAAAGCGAUUUUUACUUUCAAUUUCUCGUCUGAGGCCUUCAAUUUGUGCCUUGAAUUCAUAAUCGAAACCGAAGUUGAUAACGUCAAGCAAGGAGCUGAACGAUUGAAAAGAAAUUUAAGGCGAACUCUGUUAAGUCCCGAGAAGGAGAAAUACACUUCCAUGGCUACGGUGGAUGCCUACGCUACGUUAGGGGUGUCAUCCUGUCAUGGUCUGCAGAUUUUGCAUAAUCGACCUCUUUUGCAGAGGUGGAGCCCUCCAGAGUCCCGAGAAGGGGUUUCAUGCUCACACAACUAUGGCGGUGCCUACGUGCCACCUGAUCUUACGGCGUUCGAUCGAAAACUGUUCUAUGGAAGCCAAAGUUUCAAGAAAGCGGAAAAGAGUGGAAUGAAAGUCAUAACCACGAGAACUGUCAAAACAGUUACGAAUGUGAUGGAGAAUGCUCAAGCGAUGGUUUCGGAAUCGUGUUUAAAUGAUGUGGAUCAAGAUUCUAUAGAGCAAGCGGAAGGUGUAGAUGACAAUUAUCAGCGCGUGGACCUCAGUGAACAAACUUCGCAAGGGGUUCAGCAUCGGAUGCUUUUCAACACUAGUGACAAGUUCAAGGCUGUCAAUAGAAGGCACAAAAAAGGGAACUAUUUGUCACUUCCAAAGAUGAAUGAGGUAAUGAAUGAGGCAUGCGGACAGGAAAACUUGCCUAUGGGAAUUUACGAAGUACCAUCCCGGCUUAGGAAAAUCGAUGACUAUCGUCAAUUGCCAACGUGGUGGCGCAUUAUUGAUCUGACAGAGCUAAAAGCAAUUUGCAGCAUCGUAACCAAGACAGAGUUCUCUGAGAUCAGGAGCAUCAUCACGGCAGGUUUGCGAAAUGUGGCUUGGACGAAGCCGGAUGACCAGUUGAAAGAUUUGGAAAGGGAAGGACUUAAGAAAGUCUGUGAACACUAUGAAUUUCGUGGAGCGCUUAGAGAGCUACGAAAUCUUCUAGCAGAGAAAGAGAAUGAGAAUCCGUUUCUCGCACAAAAUCACUUUGGCAACGAGAAACGCUGCUACGCUUUACGAGAUGGUCAAAAAGCGGAUACCACAGCGUCAAGCGAUAUCGACAUUUUCAUCAAGUCGCAAAUAAUUUCGUGCUUUGACGGUAUCGUUGACAGACACUUCGGUGAAGUGGUCUCUAGAGCUUCUCAACAUCGCCGGAUGAAUGCACGCCACGAUAUAGCCAAGGAUUUGGCAUGGGACCAAGAGCUCUCGCUGUGCGAAAGGGCUGGCUCCAAAAUUGAAAACGGCACAAAAAAUUUAGAUAACUCACUCAAAGUCCAAAGAACCGUUCGCGACAUGCACCGUACCCUAGUUGACACCCUUUCCGAAACAGGUGGUGGGAAUGCAGACAGUCUUGCAAGCUUUCAACAAGUUGCUAAUACCCGGAUUCAUCUCGUCAAAUUUUUUCAUUCGCAGGCUCUCAGACAUUACGUUGGCGGUGGAUCCCACAUUUCAGCCAAAUUUUCCGAGUUCGACAUACCAGCAACAGAUGACGGUCUAAGCGGGGUGGUGAAGAUGGCGCGAACCAUGUUACAAGUCAAGAUUCCUAAGGUCAACCGUACACAAAUGAAAGCCAAGGCAGAAUAG